AUGCUGGUGUAUCAUCAAGACCCAGCCGAAAUAUACUAUUACAAUACAAACAUCUCUCUACACUAUUACAAUACAAACAUCUCUCUACACUAUUACAAUACAAACAUCUCUCUACACUAUUACAAUACAAACAUCUCUCUACACUAUUACAAUACAAACAUCUCUCUACACUAUUACAAUACAAACAUCUCUCUACACUAUUACAGUACAAACAUCUCUCUACACUAUUACAAUACAAACAUCUCUUUACACUAUUACAAUAAAAACAUCUCUCUACACUAUUACAACACAAACAUCUCUCUACACUAUUACAAUACAAACAUCUCUCUACACUGUUACAAUACAAACAUCUCUCUACACUAUUACAAUACAAACAUCUCUCUACGCUAUUACAAUACAAACAUCUCUCUACACUAUUACAAUACAAACAUCUCUCUACACUAUUACAACACAAACAUCUCUUUACACUAUUAAAAUACAAACAUCUCUCUACACUAUUACAAUACAAACAUCUCUCUACACUAUUACAACACAAACAUCUCUUUACACUAUUAAAAUACAAACAUCUCUCUAACAUCUCAUACUUGACGAAACAAGCACCACAAAUAAUUACAUAGGAUGUACAAUUUUCCUGAAACCUGGUCUUAAAAACAAUUAAAGUAAUGAAUGUGUAUAUGUUUAAAACCUUCUGCCUUUGAGCAGGUACAGGCAGUGGUUAAAAAUAAACAGGACAAUUUUAGUCCCUUCUCUGAUUGAUUAAACAUUAACCAACAGGAUGUGGGAUAUUUCCAAUUCAUCACAGGUGUUAUGGCCAUGAGGUACAGACCAAAUACAUAUUUUCCAAUACACUUUUCACUAAGGAAGUACAUUUCAGUCACUUAGCAGAUGCUCUUAUCCGGAGCAACUAGGGUUAAGUGCCUUGUUCAAGGACACAUCGACAGAUUUUCCACCUAGUAAGCUCAGGGAUUCAAACCAGCAACCUUUCAGUUACUGGCCAACACUCUUAACCGCUAGGCUACCUGCCGCCCACCCUUUGGCAACAACUGGUCUAACCCAAGAGCAACCAACUCAAACUAAGGGCUCUAUUCAAUCCAUAGUGAUGAAGAUCCGCUGUAUAGCGCAAUUGAAAUUGAAAGGUAAUUUCCGAUUGAGCCGACAUAUGCAGUGUUUACCAUGAAUGCAGGAAACAUUUUCUUUCAAUGUCUAUCGCGCUGUAGCGCAAAUCUUCAACGCUGCGGAUUGAAUCGAGCACUAAGGCUCUGAGCUACUGGAUAUGUCCUGUAUGGCUGCAGGUGUUCUAAAGACACUGGCAGAGUUUUAGCAUCAACAUCUAGGUCCACUGGGUUCCCAGUAUUUAAGGGUAAAGCCUAUUGAACAGAGACAGCAGAGAAGCAGACCUGGACCUCUAUCAAACCAAAAUGAUUUCCCAACCAUCCAGGGCUUGGCAGGAGGGACUAUUACACAGGCAUAAUAUGCCAAUGAAUAUUCCUCUCCACCAUUAUGACAGUCUUAAAGUCAACCAUUUCUGAGUUCUAAUACUAAAACCUGUCAUCAAGAUCACUCCUUCAACUUUUUUGCUAUGACCUAAACAUUCAAAGAGCUUGAGGACAUCUCCAUAUGACAAAAUUACGAUAUAAAUAAUAUUUCAGCUGUUUCACUGCUGAUGUAUGUACAGUGAGGGAAAAAAGUAUUUGAUCCCCUGUUGAUUUUGUACGUUUGCCCACUGACAAAGACAUGAUCAGUCUAUAAUUUUAAUGGACAACAAAAAAAUCCAGAACAAUGCAUGUCAAAAAUGUUAUAAAUUGAUUUGCAUUUUAAUGAGGGAAAUAAGUAUUUGACCCCUCUGCAAAACAUGACUGAGUACUUGGUGGCAAAACCCUUGUUGGCAAUCACAGAGGUCAGACGUUUCUUGUAGUUGGCCACCAGGUUUGCACACAUCUCAGGAGGGAUUUUGUCCCACUCCUCUUUGCAGAUCUUCUCCAAGUCAUUAAGGUUUCGAGGCUGACGUUUGGCAACUCGAACCUUCAGCUCCCUCCACAGAUUUUCUAUGGGAUUAAGGUCUGGAGACUGGCUAGGCCACUCCAGGACCUUAAUGUGCUUCUUCUUAAGCCACUCCUUUGUUGCCUUGGCCGUGUGUUUUGGGUCAUUGUCAUGCUGGAAUACCCAUCCACGACCCAUUUUCCUGGCUGAGGGAAGGAGGUUCUCACCCAAGAUUUGACGGUACAUGGCCCCGUCCAUCGUCCCUUUGAUGCGGUGAAGUUGUCCUGUCCCCUUAGCAGAAAAACACCCCCCCAAAGCAUAAUGUUUCCACCUCCAUGUUUGACAGUGGGGAUGGUGUUCUUGGGGUCAUUGGCAGCAUUCCUCCUCCUCCAAACACGACGAGUUGAGUUGAUGCAAAAGAGCUCGAUUUUGGUCUCAUCUGACCACAACACAUUCACCCAGUUCUCCUCUGAAUCAUUCAGAUGUUAAUUGGCAAACUUCAGACGGCCUGUAUAUGUGCUUUCUUGAGCAGGGGGACCUUGCGGGCGCUGCAUGAUUUCAGUCCUUCACGGCGUAGUGUGUUACCAAUUGUUUUCUUGGUGACUAUGGUCCCAGCUGCCUUGAGAUCAUUGACAAGAUCCUCCCAUGUAGUUCUGGGCUAAUUCCUCACCGUUCUUCAUGACCAUUGCAACUCCACAAGGUGAGAUCUUGCAUGGAGCCCCAGGCCGAGGGAGAUUGACAGUUAUUUUGUGUUUCUUCCAUUUGCGAAUAAUCGCACCAACUGUUGUCACCUUCUCACCAAGCUGCUUGGCGAUGGUCUUGUUGCCCAUUCCAGCCUUGUGUAGAUCUACAAUCUUGUCCCUGACAUCCUUGGAGAGCUCUUUGGUCUUGGCCAUGGUGGAGAGUUUGGAAUCUGAUUGAUUGAUUGCUUCUGUGGACAGGUGUCUUUUAUACAGGUAACAGGCUGAGAUUAGGAGCACUCCCUUUAAGAGUGUGCUCCUAAUCUCAGCUCGUUACCUGUAUAAUAAUAAUAAUAAUAAUAAUAUGCCAUUUAGCAGACGCUUUUAUCCAAAGCGACUUACAGUCAUGUGUGCAUAAAUUUUUACGUAUGGGUGGUCCCAGGGAUCGAACCCACUACCCUGGCGUUACAAGCGCCGUGCUCUACCAAUUGAGCUACAGAGGACCACUCGGGGAGCCAGAAAUCUUUCUGAUUGAGAGGGGGUCAAAUACUUAUUUCCCUCAUUAAAAUGCAAAUCAAUUUAUAACAUUUCUGACAUGCGUUUUUCUGGAUUUUUGUUGUUGUUAUUCUGUCUCUCACUGUUCAAAUAAACCUACCAUUAAAAUUAUAGACUGAUCAUUUCUUUGUCAGUGGGCAAACAUACAAAAUCAGCAGGGGAUCAAAUACUUUUUUCCCUCACUGUAUACUGAACAAAAAUAUAAACGCAACAUGCAAAAAUGUUUACUAUUUUACUGAGUUACAGUUCAUAUAAGGAAAUCAGUCAAUUGAAGUACAUUCAUUAGGUCCUAAUCUAUAGAUUUCACAUGACUGGGAAUACAGAUAUGCAUCUGUUGGUUACAGAUACCUUAUUAAAUAAAGGUAGGGCAUGGAUCAGAAAACCAGUCAGUAUCUGGUGUGACCACCAUUUGCAUCAUGCAGCGCGACACAUCUCCUUUGCAUAGAGUUGAUCAGGCUGUUGAUUGUGGACUGAGGAAUGUUGUCCCACUCCUCUUCAAUGACUGUGCGAAGUCACUGGAUAUUUGUGGGAACUGGAACACGCUGUCGUACACAUCAAUCCAGAGCAUCCCAAACAUGCUCAAUGAUUGACAUGUCUGGUGAGUAUGCAGGCCAUGGAAGAACUGGGACAUUUUCAGCUUCCAGGAAUUGUGUACAGAUCCUUGUGACAUGGGCCCGUGCAUUAUCAUGCUGAAACAUGAGGAGAUGGCGAAUGAAUGGCACGACAAUGGGCCUCAGGACACCAUACACGUGGUCUGCGGUUUUGAGGCUGGUUGGAAGUACUUCCAAAUUCCCUAAAACGACAUUGGAGGCCGAUUAUAGUAUAGAAAUUAACAUUCAAUUCUCUGACAACAGCUCUGGUGGACAUUCCUGCAGUCAGCAUGCCAAUUGCAUGGUCCCUCAAAAUUUGAGACAUCUGUGGCAUUGUGUUGUGUGGCAAAACUGCAUAUUUUAGAGUGGCCUUUUAUUGUCCCCAGCACAAGGUGCACCUGUGUAAUUAUCAUGCUGUUUAAUCAGCUUCUUGAUAUGCCACACCUGUCAGGUGGAUGGAUUAUCUUGGCAAAGGAUAAAUGCUCACUAACAGGGAUGUAAACAUAUUUGUGCACAAAAUGUGAGAGAAAUAAGCUUUUUGUGCAUAUGGAAAAAUUCUGGGAUCUUUUAUUUCAGCUCAUGAAACAUGGGACUAAUACUUUACAUGUUGCCUUUAUAUUUUUGUUCAGUGUACAUACAGGAGGACAACACAAAACACUAGAACAAGCAUGGUCUGUUUUGACCAAACUUCAAUAGCUUCAGGGUUGUACUAGCGCAUCAGCUGUCACUGUGUGAUGUGCUUGUAGGGGCUUACCACUGCACAGGUACCCUUUUUACUUGCAGGCCGAAAAUGACACAUUCAAUAAACUCAAGUAUCUUGGUCAAGUGUCAAUGGAAUCAAACACACCUGACAAGUGACUGAAGUCUGUCCCGCGAACAUCGAAGCCAUCGUUUCAUGACGUUCUAUCAACCAUAAUAUUUAAAAUUUCCAAAUCGUUAUACAUUUACAUUUUAGUCAUUUAGCAGACGCUCUUAUCCAGAGCAACUUACAGUUAGUGAAUACAUUUUUUAUUUUUUUAUACUGGCCCCUUGUGGGAAUCGAACCCACAACCCUGGCGUUGCAAACGCCAUGCUCUAUCAACUGAGCUACAUCCCUGCCAGCCAUUCCCUCCCCUACCCUGGACGACGCUGGGUCAAUUGUGCGCCGCCCAUGAGUCUCCCGGUCGCGGCCGGCAGCGACAGAGCCUGGAUUUGUACCAGGACUUAGGGCACAUUAAGCACUGCAGAAAAUCGGACCGGCUAGAGCCCGGCCAGUUUGAACAGUGGUGUGCAGGGCUCCAGGGGCUCUCCUACACUCUGGGCUGGGCAGUGAGCAUCGGCAUGCAUAAGCAGGUGAUUUAGCAGAGUUUGGGUGGCAGUUGAGACAGUGGAACACAGACGUGGAUUCAUAACUCUGAGAAGUAUCACAAUCUGGUCUAGCUAAAGAACAACAGAUAUUCCAGUGGCUGUGUAUGCGUGUGCGGUCAGCGGUCAGACUAGCCUAUUAUACUGCUGUACACAGAAAGAGAGAGAGAAGAAAGCGGCGAGAUGAGAGAGAAAGAGGAGUGGAGGUGAUGAGGAAGAGAGGAGAGAGAGAGAGAGAGAGAGAUGAGAGAGAGAGAGAGAGAGAGAGAAGAGAGCAGGAGAGAGAGAGUAGAGAGAGAGAUAUAGAGAGAGAGAGAGAGAGAGAGAGAGAGAGAGACGCAGUAGAGAAAUGAGUGCAUCAGCAAGCAGGCCAUCCAGGGAGAUCUAUAUGACAGGAAUUAAACGGCAUAAUCAAAUUGUUUGCGGAACCAUUUAGCAUCUCAUUCCCCCAGCCUGCCGCCCUGCCCUGGGGCUAAACUGACCACUGGAGACCGGCCAUCCGACCGACCUCAGCAGUAACAAAGUAGAGCAAUAACUAACAGUGAUUAAAGGAAUAUUGAUGGCCUGUGACACACAGCAUCCUGAAAAAUGUUAUUUGGUCAAGUAGCUACAAUAAUUAAGUAUAUGAGGGUCAGUCAAUUUAAUCUGGUGUUUUUAUAUGGGUCCAUUAUUUAGAUAACAGGCCAAGGCUUCAGAGAGUCCUUAUUGCUGACCAACUGUUUGAUCAUUCCAUACUGCAUGACGUGUAGUCUCAUCAUGCCAUAGUGUAUGCUGGUGUAUCAUCAAGACCCAGCCGAAAUAUACUAUUACAAUACAAAACAUCUCUCUACACUAUUACAAUACAAACAUCUCUCUACACUAUUACAAUACAAACAUCUCUCUACACUAUUACAAUACAAUCAUCUCUCUACACUAUUACAAUACAUACAUCUCUCUACACUAUUGCAAUACAAACAUCUCUCUACACUAUUACAAUACAAACAUCUCUCUACACUAUUACAAUACAAACAUCUCUCUACACUAUUACAAUACAAACAUCUCUCUACACUAUUACAAUAAAAACAUCUCUCUACACUAUUACAAUACAAACAUCUCUCUACAAUAUUACAAUACAAACAUCUCUCUACACUAUUACAACACAAACAUCUCUUUACACUAUUAAAAUACAAACAUCUCUCUAACAUCUCAUACUUGACGAAACAAGCACCACAAAUAAUUACAUAGGAUGUAACAUUUUCCUAAACCUGGUCUUAAAAACAAUUAAAGUAAUGAAUGUGUAUAUGUUUAAAACCUUCUGCCUUUGAUCAGGUACAAGCAGUGGUUAAAAAUAAACAGGAACAUUUUAGUCCCUUCUCUGAUUGAUUAAACAUUAACCAACAGGAUGUGGGAUAUUUCCAAUUCAUCACAGGUGUUAUGGCCAUGAGGUACAGACCAAAUACAUAUUUUCCAAUACACUUUUCACUAAGGAAGUACAUUUCAGUCACUUAGCAGAUGCUCUUAUCCGGAGCAACUAGGGUUAAGUGCCUUGUUCAAGGACACAUCGACAGAUUUUCCACCUAGUAAGCUCAGGGAUUCAAACCAGCAACCUUUCAGUUACUGGCCAACACUCUUAACCGCUAGGCUACCAGCCGCCCACCCUUUGGCAACAACUGGUCUAACCCAAGAGCAACCAACUCAAACUAAGGGCUCUAUUCAAUCCAUAGUGAUGAAGAUCCGCUGUAUAGCGCAAUUGAAAUUGAAAGGUAAUUUCCGAUUGAGCCGACAUAUGCAGUGUUUACCAUGAAUGCAGGAAACAUUUUCUUUCAAUGUCUAUCGUGCUGUAGCGCAAAUCUUCAGCGCUGCGGAUUGAAUCGAGCACUAAGGCUCUGAGCUACUGGAUAUGUCCUGUAUGGCUGCAGGUGUUCUAAAGACACUGGCAGAGUUUUAGCAUCAACAUCUAGGUCCACUGGGUUCCCAGUAUUUAAGGGUAAAGCCUAUUGAACAGAGACAGCAGAGAAGCAGACCUGGACCUCUAUCAAACCAAAAUGAUUUCCCAACCAUCCAGGGCUUGGCAGGAGGGACUAUUACACAGGCAUAAUAUGCCAAUGAAUAUUCCUCUCCACCAUUAUGACAGUCUUAAAGUCAACCAUUUCUGAGUUCUAAUACUAAAACCUGUCAUCAAGAUCACUCCUUCAACUUUUUUGCUAUGACCUAAACAUUCAAAGAGCUUGAGGACAUCUCCAUAUGACAAAAUUACGAUAUAAAUAAUAUUUCAGCUGUUUCACUGCUGAUGUAUGUACAGUGAGGGAAAAAAGUAUUUGAUCCCCUGUUGAUUUUGUACGUUUGCCCACUGACAAAGACAUGAUCAGUCUAUAAUUUUAAUGGACAACAAAAAAAUCCAGAACAAUGCAUGUCAAAAAUGUUAUAAAUUGAUUUGCAUUUUAAUGAGGGAAAUAAGUAUUUGACCCCUCUGCAAAACAUGACUGAGUACUUGGUGGCAAAACCCUUGUUGGCAAUCACAGAGGUCAGACGUUUCUUGUAGUUGGCCACCAGGUUUGCACACAUCUCAGGAGGGAUUUUGUCCCACUCCUCUUUGCAGAUCUUCUCCAAGUCAUUAAGGUUUCGAGGCUGACGUUUGGCAACUCGAACCUUCAGCUCCCUCCACAGAUUUUCUAUGGGAUUAAGGUCUGGAGACUGGCUAGGCCACUCCAGGACCUUAAUGUGCUUCUUCUUAAGCCACUCCUUUGUUGCCUUGGCCGUGUGUUUUGGGUCAUUGUCAUGCUGGAAUACCCAUCCACGACCCAUUUUCCUGGCUGAGGGAAGGAGGUUCUCACCCAAGAUUUGACGGUACAUGGCCCCGUCCAUCGUCCCUUUGAUGCGGUGAAGUUGUCCUGUCCCCUUAGCAGAAAAACACCCCCCAAAGCAUAAUGUUUCCACCUCCAUGUUUGAUGGUGUUCUUGGGGUCAUUGGCAGCAUUCCUCCUCCUCCAAACACGACGAGUUGAGUUGAUGCAAAAGAGCUCGAUUUUGGUCUCAUCUGACCACAACACAUUCACCCAGUUCUCCUCUGAAUCAUUCAGAUGUUAAUUGGCAAACUUCAGACGGCCUGUAUAUGUGCUUUCUUGAGCAGGGGGACCUUGCAGGCGCUGCAUGAUUUCAGUCCUUCACGGCGUAGUGUGUUACCAAUUGUUUUCUUGGUGACUAUGGUCGCAGCUGCCUUGAGAUCAUUGACAAGAUCCUCCCAUGUAGUUCUGGGCUGAUUCCUCACCGUUCUUCAUGACCAUUGCAACUCCACGAGGUGAGAUCUUGCAUGGAGCCCCAGGCCGAGGGAUUUUGACAGUUAUUUUGUGUUUCUUCCAUUUGCGAAUAAUCGCACCAACUGUUGUCACCUUCUCACCAAGCUGCUUGGCGAUGGUCUUGUUGCCCAUUCCAGCCUUGUGUAGAUCUACAAUCUUGUCCCUGACAUCCUUGGAGAGCUCUUUGGUCUUGGCCAUGGUGGAGAGUUUGGAAUCUGAUUGAUUGAUUGCUUCUGUGGACAGGUGUCUUUUAUACAGGUAACAGGCUGAGAUUAGGAGCACUCCCUUAAGAGUGUGCUCCUAAUCUCAGCUCGUUACCUGUAUAAUAAUAAUAAUAAUAAUAAUAUGCCAUUUAGCAGACGCUUUUAUCCAAAGCGACUUACAGUCAUGUGUGCAUAAAUUUUUACGUAUGGGUGGUCCCAGGGAUCGAACCCACUACCCUGGCGUUACAAGCGCCGUGCUCUACCAAUUGAGCUACAGAGGACCACUCGGGGAGCCAGAAAUCUUUCUGAUUGAGAGGGGGUCAAAUACUUAUUUCCCUCAUUAAAAUGCAAAUCAAUUUAUAACAUUUCUGACAUGCGUUUUUUCUGGAUUUUUGUUGUUGUUAUUCUGUCUCUCACUGUUCAAAUAAACCUACCAUUUAAAAUUAUAAAAUUACUGAUCAUUUCUUUGUCAGUGGGCAAACGUACAAAAUCAGCAGGGGAUCAAAUACUUUUUUCCCUCACUGUAUACUGAACAAAAAUAUAAACGCAACAUGCAAAAAUGUUUACUCUUUUACUGAGUUACAGUUCAUAUAAGGAAAUCAGUCAAUUGAAGUACAUUCAUUAGGUCCUAAUCUAUAGAUUUCACAUGACUGGGAAUACAGAUAUGCAUCUGUUGGUUACAGAUACCUUAUUAAAUAAAGGUAGGGCAUGGAUCAGAAAACCAGUCAGUAUCUGUUGUGACCACCAUUUGCAUCAUGCAGCGCGACACAUCUCCUUUGCAUAGAGUUGAUCAGGCUGUUGAUUGUGGACUGAGGAAUGUUGUCCCACUCCUCUUCAAUGACUGUGCGAAGUCACUGGAUAUUUGUGGGAACUGGAACACGCUGUCGUACACAUCAAUCCAGAGCAUCCCAAACAUGCUCAAUGAUUGACAUGUCUGGUGAGUAUGCAGGCCAUGGAAGAACUGGGACAUUUUCAGCUUCCAGGAAUUGUGUACAGAUCCUUGUGACAUGGGCCCGUGCAUUUUCCUGCUGAAACAUGAGGAGAUGGCGAAUGAAUGGCACGACAAUGGGCCUCAGGACACCAUACACGUGGUCUGCGGUUUUGAGGCUGGUUGGAAGUACUUCCAAAUUCCCUAAAACGACAUUGGAGGCCGAUUAUAGUAGAGAAAUUAACAUUCAAUUCUCUGACAACAGCUCUGGUGGACAUUCCUGCAGUCAGCAUGCCAAUUGCACACUCCCUCAAAACUUGAGACAUCUGUGGCAUUGUGUUGUGUGACAAGGUGCACCUGUGUAAUGAUCAUGCUGUUUAAUCAGCUUCUUGAUAUGCCACACCUGUCAGGUGGAUGGAUUAUCUUGGCAAAGGAUAAAUGCUCACUAACAGGGAUGUAAACAUAUUUGUGCACAAAAUGUGAGAGAAAUAAGCUUUUUGUGCAUAUGGAAAAAUUCUGGGAUCUUUUAUUUCAGCUCAUGAAAUAUGGGACCAAUACUUUACAUGUUGCCUUUAUAUUUUUGUUCAGUGUACAUACAGGAGGACAACACAAAACACUAGAACAAGCAUGGUCUGUUUUGACCAAACUUCAAUAGCUUCAGGGUUGUACUAGCGCAUCAGCUGUCACUGUGUGAUGUGCUUGUAGGGGCUUACCACUGCACAGGUACCCUUUUUACUUGCAGGCCGAAAAUGA